AUGCAACACUGAAAGUUGCGCAGACCUCAAACUCUGAACUACUGAGGGCCAUCUUCUUUCCAAUCUGCUCUCACCUUUUUUUAAAAAAAGGCUCUACAAAUCUCCUCACACGCACACACACAUACAGCAUUGGAAAACUCGUGAAAUCAAAUCCACUGCUUAAUACUUUUUCCCUCCAUUCUUUUCCUUUUUGCACUCUGUUUUUUUUUACCGAUCAAUUUACCUUUUUCCAGCUCUGUACUCACCAUUUGCACAUUUCAAGAGCCAAAAAUGUAGAUGGUGGCUGAGACUUGGAUUUUGAGAAUGGGGAAUCAGGUGAGUAGCAAUUUAAAGCAUGCUUUGUAUUCCGAUAAUAAUUCCACAAAAUCAUUGAACAAGAAACAAAAUCCUUCACAUGAGAGACAAAUUAUUGGUAUUCUGUCGUUUGAAGUUGCUAAUGUGAUGUCCAAGAUUAUGAAUUUGCACAAGUCUUUGUCUGACAAUGAGGUGUCUAGGCUCAAAAACGAAAUCUUGAAGUCUGAUGGGAUUAGAACCCUAGUUUCUAGUGAUGAAAAGCAGCUUCUAGAGCUAGCCCUUGUGGAAAAACUAGAUGAUUUGAGUCGAAUUGCUGGUGUAGUUUCGAGGUUAGGGAAGAAAUGCAGCAUCCCUGCAUUGCAGGGGUUUGAGCAUGUGUAUGGGGAUGUGGUUUCUGGUGUGAUUGAUGUUGGGGAGCUGAGUUUCUUGGUGAAGGACAUGGAAGGGAUGAUGAGGAAGAUGGAGAGGUACGUGACCACGACGGUCAGCUUGUACAGCGAGAUGGAGGUGAUGAACGAGUUGGAAUCCGCCACCAAGAAGUUUCGGGAGAAUCAGCACGAGGAGAGUAGGAAGGCCUUUGAGCAGAAGUUGAUGUGGCAGAGGCAGGAUGUGAAGCAUUUGCAGGAUGUCUCGUUGUGGAACCAGACGUUUGAUAAGGCCAUGGAACUCUUGGCACGGACUGUGUGUACAGUUUAUGCUCGGAUACAUCUUGUGUUCGGAGAUGGCCUUGCAAGGGCUCAAGACUGUUCUAAUGGGAGCUCACAGCGUUUGAAGCAGUUAGAUGUAGUGAGAAGGAGUUUGAGAAAGCAUGCUUCGACUAGAAGCAAUGGCUAUAGUCAUUCUAGGGCAUUUGUGAAUGACAAGUUGGAGAAGAGGGCCAUUGGUUAUAGGCCUAAAGUGAGGGUGCAGAAGGGCGAAGGCGUGUUUGGGCCAGAAGAUUUCAACUUUGUGUGUGGGAUCGGGCCGGGGAGGAUGUUGAUGGAGUGUUUGAGCCUGAGCAGUUCUGCUUCCAAGGUUGAUGAUGAUGGUGAUCGUGCAAGCUAUGAUGAUCACAUUAGUCAGGUUUCGGGCAUAAGUGUUGCAAACAGUGGGAAAAGUGAUGGCGCCACUCCUCUGAGUAGUUUACUUCGUCCCAUGUAUGGUGAACGCGUUACUGGAGAGCCAAAGAACCGGCUGGUGGUGGUGGCGCCUCCCAACACAGUUGGGGGCUCUGCACUAAGCCUGCACUACGCGAAUGUGAUGAUCAUCAUCGAGAAACUGCUGUGCUACCCACAUCUGGUGGGGGAGGAGGCGAGGGACGAUCUGUACCAGAUGCUCCCGACAAGCCUGAGAAGGACUCUGAAGGCUAGGCUAAGGUCAUACUCGAAGAAUGUGGCGAUCUACGACGCACCAUUGGCCCACGACUGGAGGGAGAGGCUGGAGGGGAUGCUCAAGUGGCUGGGGCCUCUAGCACACAAUACGAUCAAGUGGCAGAGCGAGAGGAAUUUCGAGCAGCAGCAGCAGCAGAUAGUGACGAGGACUAAUGUGCUUCUGCUGCAGACAUUGUGCUAUGCUGAUCGGGGUAAGACAGAGGAGGCCAUCUGCGAGCUCCUCGUUGGCUUGAACUACAUAUGCCGCUAUGAGCAGCAGCAGAAUGCGCUCUUGGACUGCGCCAGCAGCUUCGACUUCGACGACUGCGUCGACUGGCACUUACAACCUCACCCUUCCUUUCACUCUUAACACUCUUACACCACAUUGCUGCUUGCUUACUUUGGAAACUUUAUUCUGUUCUAAUGCUAGCUUAGAUUAUGAAUUUACGAUGCUGUUAUUUGUAGGACAUCAAAUUCAAGAUGUCUUGUUCAUAUGAUUUAUGUGAUUUGAUUGUAACCAAUUUCGAGGUACAUAGUUUUAUUUAUUUUUGGGUGUCCCAUUUAUAAUGUUACAAUCCAAAAAAGGAAAUUAUUUACUUUAAUUA